GUAUGCAUUUUCCGUCUCGCUUCCAGUGUCAAUGCCUGCGUAGACGUGGUUCUGUCUGGUGUGAAGUUAUUAGAGGCACUCGGUCUUGAACCUGGGGAUGGAAAAAAUCACGUGGUCUUGAACUCCAGACAGGACCUGAAAGAAGCGUUCGCUCACUUCAUGGAAAAAGGGGCAGCUGCCGAGCGCUUCUUCAGUGACGCCGAAUCAUUCCAUCACAUUGCGCAGACAGCCUCCGAGUACCCUGGUGCACAGCUUUAUGUAGGAGGAAAUGCUGCUCUCAUUGGUCAGAAGCUUGCAACAAAUCCAGACUUGAAGAUCCUCCUUUGUGGCCCAGUUGGUCCUAAACUCCAUGAACUACUUGAUGACAAUGUGGUUGUGCCACCCCAAUCCAUGCAGGAAAGAGAUGAAUUCCAUCUUAUCUUGGAGUAUCAAGCAGGUGAAGAGUGGGGACAAGUAAGAGCACCCAAUGCCAACCGCUUCAUCUUCUCCCAUGAUCUAUCAAAUGGCGCCUUAAAUAUGCUGGAAGUGUUUGUGUCCAGCUUGGAUGAAUUUCAGCCAGAUCUUGUGGUGCUUUCAGGACUUCACAUGAUGGAAGGCCAGAGCAAGGAGAUGCGGCAGAGACGACUUAUGGAGGCUGUGGCCUCCAUCUCCGAUAUCCCUACUGACAUUCCCAUACACCUGGAGUUGGCCAGUAUGACUGAUCAAGAUUUUAUGAGCAACAUUAUGCAUCAGGUCUUUCCCCUGGUGAACUCCAUUGGGCUGAAUGAGCAGGAGCUGCUGUUCCUCACGCAGUCUGCCUCCGGUCCCCAUGCCUCCCUUGCUUCCUGGAGCGGCGUUCCCGAUGUGGGCAUAGUCAGUGACAUCCUCUUUUGGAUCCUGAAGGAGCAUGGGAAGAUGGCAGACCGGGCCUCUGAUCUGACACGGGUCCACUUCCACACCCUGGCCUAUCAUAUCCUCGUCACGGUGGAUGGGUACUGGGGCAACCAGGUUGCUGCUGUGGCUGCCGGAGCGAGAGCAGCAGGGACCCAGGCCUGCGCCACUGAAACCAUUGAUACCAGCAAAGUCUUUCUUAAAGCUCCUUUGGAGUUUGUGACCUCCCAGAUAGAAGCCCCUUACAAAAUUUCUUUAAAUCCAGAUGAGCCAGUGGUACAUUGGCACAGAGAAGGCAUCUUAUUCCAUUUCACUCCCGUUUUGGUGUGUAAAGAUCCUGUCCGGACCGUGGGACUUGGGGAUGCCAUUUCAGCUGAAGGACUGCUAUACUCAGAAAUACAUCCUCAAUAGAAGACUAAGCCCUUCCUUUUUCUCCAGUACUGUAUGGUGUCUGUGGAACCACGGUGUUCUCGUUAGGAUUUCAGCCAGUGCUGGUAUAGGAACAGAAUUGGGGUGUGGUGUGUUUUCUGGAUCUAACUGAAAAAGAGCCAAAGAAUAAUUCCAGGUAUAAACUGUCAGAUAGAUACAUUCCAGUCGCUUGGCAGUGACUCGAACACGUCAUGUUUAGGUGCAGAUGUUUUGGUAUUUAAUGUGAAAAUUGGCUGUGCUUUGAUUUAAGCAUGUGGGGAGGGAAACGAAUAUCAAAAUCCCUGCUUGGCAUAGGGUUGCGGUUUGUAACUCCGAAUGGGUCUUGUCCCUUAGUGCAGGAAAGUAUGGCAGCCAGGAGAAUUUCCUGCGUGUGGAUCCCAGGGAGAGCACAGCAGCGCUUGGCCCUGUCUUGCCUCCGAUUAAAUUAAAAAUAAAAGGCUUUUGCAUUAUCUCCUCACAGCACAUUGCUCCGUGGCAAGAGCAAACCUUCCGCUUGCUUGGUGUGAUGAUGAAAUCUUUUACUGAUGAAAUUACCUCUCAGCUUCAGUGCCCCCCAAGCAUCGGAGGGAGCCAGAGUCCCGAAGUGUGAUGCACACUGUACCUACUCUUCAAAUGCAGAGAGAAAACCUGACUCAAGGCUGCGUACAUUAUUUUGGGAAUCUGUUGCCUCUGUGACUACUGGUAUUCAACUGAGCCCUAGUAGCCCAUGCUUAGUGUUUGGGCGACUAGAAGUGAAGAUAAUCAGGGUUCCUGUUGGGGGAGAGAGCUUUAUUUUCUUGCUGGGCAAGCCACAAAAGGUUUACCUGUGUUUGCUGUACACUAAAUGCCAAGAGUUCCUUCCAGGGGGGCUCACAGCUGGUGUGCUUUGCUAACAGUGGGUGCUUACAUCUGGUAUUUUACAGAAGUGCUGUGGAGUGCUGGAGACCAAUUACCUUGUUUGAGAAUGGUUGUGCAAUUUUCUCUGGUUUCCCUGUCUUCCAUUCACAAGGGUUAAUUUGUUAGGGGAGGUCCCUCUGGAGGCACAAAAGCUGCAGCAGUGCUUUCAAGGGAAGGCUGAAGUGAGGAGAGCUUUUUUAGGGAUUGAUUUUGGUUUUUAUUUCUUUGAGGUCAGUGAUAGUCUCUUUUCUCUGGACAGCCUUUGAAAUUAAAAAACUGGAACAAUGUGUCCUUGUUAAGUACUUUGCUUAUGUUUCUUCCUCUUCAUAGUCACACACUAUGGAUUACGUAGCACCAGUACGCUUUUUUUGUCUCUUUCCAGCAUGGUUUUUAUCUCUGUCCGCUUCCAGGAAGCUCAAGCGUAUAUGCAUCACUUAGCAUACACUUUUUUUCAGUAUAACUGAAUUAAAUGCAAUCAGCACGUCUGUGCUGUGCCAGAAUGCGUAGGAGGUUGCUUUAGUCCUUGCAGCUGAAUGGUGGGGAGGAGAGCGCGUAGCCCUUCAGCUGGAGUGAUCCCUUUCCGUUACGCUGUCCUGUUGCUGUUAGUUCCUGUUGGAAAACGCCAUCGUGAGUGCUCCAUAAGGAUAAAAAUUGACAGCUGUUGUAACCUGUACUGACUUGGCAUGCAAUGCUGCCUGUCAAUGGAGUUAGGUUCCACCUUUUUUUCUGCUGAGCCGUCUUCUGUGUUGUGUCGGAGGGAAAUACAGUCCGUGCUACAUGUUCCUACAGCUUAUCCCAUCCCAAUCUUCUCUUGCAUCUCAGCAUUUUCUCUCAGUGUGGGAUCUUCUGAAAGACUUGGAAGUAUUUCUAUCCAGAUUUUUUUUAUUAUUAUUAUUGAUAAAUUGUAACAUGGGACUUGGAGUUCUGGUUUAGUCUUCCUACAGAAAAAAAAUAAAUAAAUUCCCCUUUCAGCCAUCAGAAAGGCCUGAGGCCAUUAGCAGGGUUGUUUUGCAACCUUUGAUUGUAGCCUCCUGGCACAGCGCCCUUAGGACCACCAGAGGUGGAGGCCACACAUCCUGCCAGCUGGUGAACUGAUCCUUUGCUUAGGCUUGGUCCCACUUCCCUGACAUUGGGCCAAGCUGUGUGGAUUCUCAGGUUGGAAUUAAAAUAGAACUGAAUACACACAAGCUGUCAGCAGCAAUGAUCCUCCUGCUGGAUUUCACUUCUCGCUUCCAAAAAUAUUUGCAGGGAUACAAGGCUGAUUGGACUGGCAUCACCCUACAGCCACUUAAAAUCACGUAACUGCACUAACAGAAUUUGGCCAGGGGUAGGUUAUGCUUGGAUUUAACAGGAGUGUUACAGGCCUAAAUUACCUUUUUUUUUUUUUUUAAACUACUUUGAAUAAAUAACUGCUGUAAAAAAAAAAAAAAAAAAAGUAUGAAAAAGGGGUUUAUUGCUUAGAAUUCACCUGGGCCUAAAGGCUAAACUCUAAUUAUUAUUAACCCUUCCUGCUGCUCAUGUUCUUUCUCAGCAGGUAACAUUUCUCCCCUGGCCUGUUGUCGGUGCGCUGCAAAUGCCUGGCACCAUGAGUCACUUCCCAAAUGAAGGUAGCGCAUGAGGGCUGGACUGCUGCUCUACCCAUAGAGCCACUUUGGUCAGGCACAUAGAGCUUGCCCAGUCACCAAAUUCAUGUCUGAGGGAUUGCUCUUAAUAAGCGUGACCUGUUAAUCAGAAUUGCCAUUGGUAUCCCCGGUGAAGUUCUGAAACAAUCUAUAUGAUAAUAAACCUGACUUGGGUGGCGGGAGGCAGCAGCCUGUCUUUGUUUCAUGUUUCACAUGCUGUGAACACGAUGUGCUUAAUUUCCCUCUGCUUCCCAAACUUAAUUACAAUUAGGGUCGCAGAGCCUCUUGAAAUCCUUUUCCUGCACAUGUUGACUGGCUU